GCAUUAACAUACAGCCUUCAGCCUAGUAGGUAGCCAGCAUUUGUUUGCCCUAUUUCCGGCCGGCAGGGGGAAAAGGACUGCUACGAACGUAGCCGGCGCCGGUAACACGUACAGUUGACGAAGAUGGGUACGACGACGUUUAGGUGGUCUCCGGUAAUGAUCCUGCCGUUGGUUCUCCUGGCGGCGACUUCUCUCCUGCCUUCACCCGUUGAGUGCAUGGUUCGCCACUACAAGUUCAAUGUGGUGCUGACAAACACGAGCAGACUCUGCUCAACCAAGCCGAUCGUCACGGUGAAUGGCCAAUUUCCUGGGCCUACCCUCGUUGCUCGUGAAGACGACACCGUUCUCGUUAAGGUUGUCAACCACGUCCAAUACAACAUGAGCAUCCAUUGGCAUGGGAUCAGACAGCUGCGAACCGGUUGGGCCGACGGGCCGGCGUACAUAACCCAGUGCCCGCUCCAGCCGGGCCAGACGUACCUGUACAAUUUCACCCUAACCGGUCAGCGGGGAACUCUUCUCUGGCACGCUCACAUUCUCUGGCUUAGGGCCACCGUCCACGGAGCUAUUGUCAUCUUGCCAAAACGCGGCGUUCCUUACCCGUACCCCAAACCGCACAAGGAGCAUACCUUGGUGUUAGCCGAAUGGUGGAAAUCCGACGUCGAAGAUGUGAUCAAGGAAGCUCUCAACUCCGGUGGCGCACCCAACAUCUCCGACGCCCAUACCAUCAACGGCCUCACCGGACCCGUCGCCGGCUGUCCUUCCCAGAGUAAGCAAACCCUACUUCACUUCGUACUUCAAUUUAGCAAUGAAGGAUUCACCCUCCCCGUCCGGCCCAACAUGACGUACAUGCUCCGGGUCAUCAACGCCGGGCUCAACGAGGAGCUCUUCUUCAAAAUCGCCGGCCACAAGCUCACCGUCGUCGAAGUCGACGCCACCUACGUCAAGCCGUUCAAAGUCGACACCAUCGUUUUGGGCCCAGGCCAGACCACCAACGUCCUCGUCACAACCCAACAGGGCUCCGGCAGGUACAUGGUCUCCGUCUCCCCCUUCAUGGACGCCCCCAUCACCGUCGACAACCGCACUGCCACCGCCAUCCUCCACUACACCGGCACUCAGAUGGCCGCCCCGGUCUCCCUCACCGCCCCGCCGCCCAUCAACUCCACCCUCGUCGCAACAAAAUUCACCAACUCCCUCCUCGCCCUCAACUCCAAAGAGUACCCGGCCAACGUCCCCACCACCGUCGACCACUCGCUCUUCUUCACCAUCUCGCUCGGCCUCAACACGUGCCCCACGUGCACCGGUGGGGCCCGCGUCGUGGCCGAUUUCAACAACGUCACGUUCGACAUGCCCACUGUGGGCCUGCUCCAGGCCCAUUACUUCGGCAUCGAAGGGGUGUUCACCGACGACUUUCCCGCAAACCCGGCCCAACCGUAUGACUACACGAAUACUACGGCCCAGCCCGCGAACUUGGCGACGCAGAACGGGACGCGGGUGUACAGGCUGGCGUACAACGACGCCGUGCAGCUGGUUCUGCAGGACACGGGGAUGAUUACACCCGAGAACCACCCGAUUCAUCUCCACGGGUUUAAUUUCUUCGAGGUGGGUCGGGGCGUGGGGAAUUUCGACCCGGAGAAGGAUCCGAAGAGGUUCAACCUUGUCGACCCGGUUGAGAGGAACACGGUUGGGGUUCCAGCCGGUGGUUGGACCGCCAUCAGGUUCAGAGCUGAUAAUCCAGGGGUUUGGUUUAUGCAUUGCCAUCUGGAGGUGCAUACGACAUGGGGGCUGAAGAUGGCGUGGGUGGUGGAUAACGGGAAAGGUCCCAACGAAUCGAUUUUGCCACCUCCAUCUGAUCUUCCCAAGUGCUGAUCAUGCCAUAUAUAAUUCUUUUCCGGAUGAAACUUGAUCAUAGGGAAGUAAUCAUUGAAUUUAUUAAUCUGAUAGUAAGAAGAAAGGGAAAAGGAGAAGAGAAUGUUACGUAACGUGAUGAUGAAAUUUUAUUAGAUGAAUGUUUCUAAUGGGGGAGAUUAUUUGUUUAAUUUUGGUUUUGGUGGUAGUUAGUAAGACAAGAAAAUGAGGGUUAUAUUAUAUAUAUGUGGGAGCAAUCCGGGGAUGGAGUUUGGCGAUUGAGUGGGAGUCUGAAUAAUGAAGAAAGAAAGACAGCAUAUUUAGUUGGGGUUUGGUUUCGCACUAUAAUUUUGAAGGCUUCUUCUUUUUAACUUCUAUUUUUUAUUUUGUAUGUAUACAUGAACGUCUAUAAUAUGGAAUUACUGUCACGCUUUCAAA